UCCGACCAUUUUGAGUAGUCAGAGCUUUCCCUUUGCGUAUCUCGUCCUGCACUUAGAUCAUUUUUCUCGCCCGCUGUAUCCUCUCUUUGUUCAUGCCCAGCUUCCCCAUUUCCACCUCUGUUAUUUCUCGUAGAAAUCAUCCUGUUGAUUGAUGAACGUAUCCUCGUGUUCAUAUUUGCUCGAAGCCACGGAUCAUAACCCAAUUUUACAGUCCAUCAUCUACACAAUUAGUUUUUGAAUCAGCUCCUUCACACGAUCCCUAUUCUUGGUUAGGCAGCUCCUUUCUUCAUGGCCCAAAACAACAAAUUGGAAAUAAAAUGUAGUCAGCCUUUCAUGAUGAAAGCUCCUUUUGCUAGCGGGCUUUUCACAUAUAUGCGCAUUCUCAUCCUCAGGAACCUUUACCUUCCCAACUGUGGCGCUGACUCAUCCAGCCUCUCCUCAUCUUCAAUCUUCUCUAUAAUUGGAUUUCUGGCCAUCCUGCAAAGUUCUUCUCCAUAGGCAACUUCAUAUGUUCUGGUGGUAGGUCUAAAAUAAGGAUCCGGAUGUCUAUCUUAUUGAAAUUACCUUUCUUGAACAAAUUCAGGGUUCUGUCUCUUUAAAAGCAAUGGAUAGUUUCAAAUCGUCCAUGAAGCUCUCUUCAGGAUUUUUUUUUAAUUCAUUUACCCACUAAAAACUGUCGAUUCUUCUACAUUUUGUUAAAUCCAUUAACUCAUAUUUUGUUUUAGCGCUCUUUUCCUCCUGUCCAAUUCUUCCACCUUUAUCCUUUUGUCCUCCAUAAUACGGCCGGACAAACUCUCAAGUAAAAAUAUGGGGUUUGUUUGUGAUGAGCACCAAGGCUAUCACAUCACCUUCCUGCUCCGUCAUGGGGAGAAAAAUAGAUUAUAUAGCAGGACAACUCUGGAAAGCACUUAGAGCUAUUUUGUUGUGCAAAAAUCGAUGGAAAAACAGAAGUGAGCAUGUGGAUUAAUACUGAAGGAAACAUCAUCCGAAAUUAUGAUUUCUCAAAUGAUCUGAGUUUCUGGGACCUUGAUAACUGUGGUGGACUUGUUUCCAAAAAUCCAGAUUAUUAUUCUGGAAUUAAACCAAUCUCACGAAAAAAUUAUUGUGUUGUUCUGAAUCGGAAUUCUUACUGGCAAGGCCUAAGACAAGAUAUCACAGCAAGAGUGUCUCCAGGUGCUACUUAUACUGUGUCUACUUAUGUCAGAGUUUGGGGGCCUGUCCGUGGAUUAUCUUCAGUGCAAGCCCAACUAACGAUAUGGGUGACGGGGGGACGUAAAUUUGUACUAAUCAGAAGAGUCAAUGCAUCAAAGGACAAAUGGGAAAUUUUGGAAGGCACAUUCUCAUUGCAAACUAUACCUGGACGGAUUUAUAUUGAUUUUGAAGGGCCUCCUCCUGGAGUGGACUUGCUAAUAAGUCCAGUUGUGGUCUAUUCUACUGAUCUUGACGAACACGAGAGCGGUGACAAGAUCAAUUUGCCAAUUAGUGUGGGGGAUAACAUCAUCCUUAAUCAUGAUUUCAUGGGAGGGCUGCAAUUUUGGAAUCUCUAUGCCUGCAAUGGAUUUGUGGUUACAGAAGCAAAUUACUUUGAGGGAGUGCAACCAUAUUCAGGGAAGAACUAUUGUGUUACUCUGGAUCGAACACAUGAUUGGCAAGGCUUAGAACAAGAAAUCACAAACAGAGUAUCACCUGGUUUUAUUUAUGAUUUCUCUGCUUUUGUCAGAGUAUGGGGUCCUGUGCAGGAAGCAGCAAAAGUCCAAGCAACUGUGAGACUGGAGUACCCAGAUUUAGAAACUAAAUAUAUAAUAAUUGAAAGUGUCAUUGCAACAAAAGAGAACUGGGAGAAAUUGGAGGGCACAUUCUCAUUCAUGACUAUGCCCAAGUUGGCUACAAUUUAUUUUGAAGGGCCUGAUCCUGGAAUUAUCCUGCUAAUAGAUUCUGUUGUGGUCACUUGUGUGAGUCAUGAGCAGGAGAAUGAGAACGUGAUCAAUUUGCCUAUUAGUAUUGGAGGCAGUAGCAUCGAAAACCAUGAUUUCUCUGAUGGGCUACAUUACUGGGAACUCGAUAACUGUGGCGGAUAUGUUCCUAAAAGUCCAGAUUAUUAUAAAGGAGUGCAGCCGAUCGCAGGAAAAAAUUAUUGUGUUGUUCUUAAUCGGAAUAGCUACUGGCAAGGUCUGAGACGAGAUAUCACCGAAAGUGUCUCCGCAGGUACUACUUAUACUGUGUCUACUAAUGUUAGAGUUUGGGGUCCUGUUCGUGGAUUAUCUUCAGUCCAAGCCCAACUAACGAUAUGGGCACCAGAAGGACGUAAAUUUGUACUAAUAAGAAGAGUCAAUGCAUCAAUGGACGAGUGGGAAAAGUUGGAGGGCACAUUCUUGUUAGAGUCUAUACCUGGCAGAGUUUAUAUUGAUUUUGAAGGGCCUCCCCCUGGAGUGAACCUGCUAAUAAGUCCAGUUAUGGUCUAUUCUUCCGGUCUCAAUGAACAGGAGAAAAAGAUCAGAAACAGGAUUGAUUCCCCUAUAAGUUCGGGAGGCAACAUCAUUCUAAACCACGAUUUCCAUGAAGGGCUGUCAUUUUGGAAUCUCCAUGCUUGCAAUGGAUUCGUUGCUACAGAAUCAAAUUACUAUGAAGGAGUGCAGCCAUACUCGGGAAAGAACUAUUGUGUUACUUUGGAUCGGACGGAGGAUUGGCAAGGAUUGGAACAAGAUAUUACAGAUAGUGUAUCACCACGUUCUACUUAUAUCAUCUCUGCGUUUUUGAGGGUCUGGGGUGCUGAUCAAGAAUCAUGUCAAAUCAAUGCCGCACUGAGACUAGAGUACCCUAACUUUGAAACUGCAAAGAAAAUCAUUGGAAGAGUUACUGUCAAAGCGGAUUCUUGGGUGAUGUUGGAUGGCACGUUCUUAUUGGAAACCAUGCCUAGGCAGGUCAUAUUUUACUUUGAUGGGCCGGCUCCUGGUGUAGUUCUACUCAUAGACUCAGUUGUGAUUGAAGAGCAUAAGGACAGUGUCGAGGUAGGGAGUAGCAUGGAUAAAAUCCAUGAAGAUAACGUAGGAAAUGAAGCCUACACCAAUCACAUCUCUCACCAUUAGUUGACAUUCAAAGUAUGCUAAAAUGAUGAUGAUGAUGACCACAGGAAAACAAUAAAGAUGCAAGGAUAGAACAAAAAAAUGGGAUGGGGGAUAGGGAUGUGGAGGUUUUAUUGACUUAUUUACCUUAUUAUUCCUUAAUUUUAAUUGAUAUCUGGAAUCUAGACCAUGGUUUGAAAUUUGAAGUUAGCUUAUAUUAGAAAGGAUCCAUGCAAAGAAUGGACUGGUGUUAAAAACAUCUAUAUUUUGCAGUGGAAUUUACUUUUAUGUGCA